CCCUUCUGUUGCGCACAAGGGACGGCGGUGGAAGUCAUACCUCAGAAUUGCUUCUGCAAGUCUGAAUUUUGUAUCAGAUCAGAAGUAAACCCAAUUUAUUUCUUUUAAAGAGCAGAGAAUGAAUCGCUUUCACCUGUUCGCGUUUUUGAUUUGGCUGUUAAUUGCGGACAGCCAAGCAAUAAUCAGGAUUCCUCUGCACAAGAUGCGCACUGUGCGCCGUAUGCUGGCAGAGAAUGGGAGGACUAUUGACGAGAUCAAAUCCAUGGCCAGAGAGAAAAUCUCCAAAGUCAGAUUUUCAUUGCCGUCCACAACACAUUCACCAUCACCAACAAAACUGCCACCACCUAUUGAGAAACUCACCAACUUCAUGGAUGCUCAGUAUUUUGGAGUGAUCAGUAUUGGCACCCCUCCUCAGGACUUCACUGUGCUGUUUGACACCGGAUCGUCCAACCUCUGGGUUCCAUCUAUCCAUUGCUCCUUCUUGGACAUUGCAUGCUGGUUGCACCAUCGCUACAACUCUAAGAAGUCAAGCACGUAUGUUCAGAAUGGCACGGAGUUCUCGAUCCGCUACGGCAGUGGGAGUCUCUCUGGCUUCAUCAGUCAGGAUACAGUCACUUUGGCAGGGCUGAAGGUGCCAAACCAGCAGUUUGCCGAGGCUGUUAAACAGCCUGGGAUUGUGUUUGCGGUGGCACGUUUUGAUGGCAUCCUGGGCAUGGCAUACCCCGCCAUUUCUGUAGAUGGGGUUACGCCGGUGUUUGACACAGCCAUGGCUGCCAAAAUCCUGCCUCAGAAUAUCUUCUCUUUUUAUAUCAACCGGGACCCCGUGGGUGAAGUUGGAGGUGAGCUGAUGCUGGGAGGUUUUGACCAGCAGUAUUUUGACGGUGAUCUGCAUUACGUCAACAUCACACGAAAAGCCUACUGGCAGAUAAAGAUGGAUGAAGUUCAGGUGGGUGGCACGCUUACCCUCUGCAAAAAUGGAUGCCAGGCAAUUGUUGACACAGGAACAUCAAUGAUCACGGGGCCGGUUCAAGAGGUGCGGGCGCUUCAGAAAGCCAUCGGAGCCAUACCACUGCUCUUGGGAGAGUACUGGAUUGACUGUAAGAGGAUUCCAUCACUUCCUGUUGUUUCCAUCAGCCUGGGAGGGAAGAUGUUCAACUUAACUGGAGAGGACUAUGUUCUGAAGAUGACUCACAUGGGUGUGAGUGUUUGUCUGUCUGGCUUUAUGGCAAUGGAUAUCCCACCCCCUGCCGGGCCGCUGUGGAUUCUGGGAGAUGUGUUCAUUGGCCGCUACUACACUGUGUUUGACAGGGAGGCAGACCGUGUGGGCUUUGCUCCUGCUAAAUGAAAAGAGUGAUAAAAAUCACAUUGUAUUGUACUGGACCUAAUGGGCCAUUAGUAGUACAGAAACCACUGGUUGAAGUUGGUAAGUCUUUUACAAUUUGAAAUAUGCAAUGUAAGAAAAUCAACAAAUGCCUGAGUUACGGGACAUGUUUUUCCAAGUAUUAAACUCAAAGCAAAACUGAAAAAGAAGAAAUAGACAAACUUGUUGAGCUAGGGAUGCUCUGUACUUCCCCUUGAAGCCUUGCUUGUUUCAAUAGAUGAAUGAAAAAACUAUGCAUUUUUAGUUUAUAAUUAAGCUAUUAAUUAUCUUUGUAGAAAAUUUAAUAAAGAUUGAAUAAAUUGCUGGUAGAUGAAUAGUACUUUGGAUUUGUGGCAUUCAUGUGUUGGAAUUUUUUGUCAGUUGACUUUUGUAUGCGUGUGUAAACCAUUUUGAUAAUGUUGGUGUAUCAUACUCAAUUUAUCACACUGAAAUGAAUUGUAUUUCUGUUAAAGCUGAUCAAGACUACUUGGUUUCUUUAUUGUCUGAUCAUUUAACUCAAAAUCGCAGCAAAAGUUCUUCCAAACCUGAAGUUAAAUAAAGUUUUGUUUGUA